GUUGCACUCAUUAAUGUUAUCCACAUCAAGGACUCCGUUUGCACCCUACCUACCAGUAUUCUAUCACAGUAUCUCAAGCAGGCUAACGGGCAAUUAUCUUGUCUGAAGCAAUUAUAUUUGGCGACGGGUAACCCAGGAAGCUACGAAGAAGGAGAGAUUCCUUUAGCGGUUGCGGAACCGGUGGAAGGCGGUCCAGGGCCCAUGGGACAUACCUUGGUAUGUCCGACCAAUGAGGAUUCCACAAUAUGGAAUAGUUCUGGAGAACAACUCUGCGUCGUAUGUCAAUCUUUUCCUUUGUCGAGGGCUCUUUUGCCCUGCAGACAUACUUGCAUCUGUGCAAGUUGUUUUGCCAAAUUGGACCGUUGUCCGAUGUGCAGGGGUCCCAUAAAAAGUUACUUCUGCAUCAGAGGUGAGGAAUACAUGCCAAUUUCUUCAAAUACAAAAACUCCAAGUUCCCACAGUUCUUGGUAUAACUGGCUUCAUCAUUGGGACGAUCGGCUCAUUGAUUUUCUAGGAUUUCAACGAUGAAAAAACUAUUGUAGAAAGUUCUACCUGCAUUUUUGUUGACAGAAUUGCUAACUAUUUUUGUUUUUAUUGAAAAGACGUUUCCAAAUGACACGAAAAAUUACCUGCAUAGGGUGUUUUUCCUGUAGUUUGCCAUAAAUCUGUCCAUUAUAGUGAUAUUUAGGGUUAGCUAGUUGAAGAUGAAGAAAAUUGCUGUCAGGUAAGAUUUGAUGCCUUUUCGAACAUAUUGUGUGAUUGUGACUAAAUCAUAAGUCUCGGGGUCAAUUUUAGGGUAUCCACUUUGAUACUGACCCCUCUUACCAAUAUCAUAUUUUUCAUGGAUAGUUUGAUUCUCCCAAAAUUAAGUAAUAUAAUAAAAUGCAAAAUGACAAGUUGAUGUGUAAUGCGAUAUGGAUUAUAAAAGGUGAGGAACUAAUGAAAUUCAUCAGUUGAUUCCGUUUUUGAAAUGAUUUUGAAUUGAUAACCAGUUGCAGAAUAUAUGUUUCAAAUGUAUGUAUAUUAGAUAAUCAACUAUGCUUCAAAUACCUAAGAAUUACAAUUCCUGAUACAUAUUCUCAAUUACAUAUAAAAUGAAGUUGAUUUGAAAAAGUUGAAUUCAUUGGUUAAAUCAUCUGAACCAACUCAAGUUUAUUAUUUGAUAAUUGUGCCUCCUGUAACGGAUUUAUUUCUUUAUCAUAUCUGUGUUCAUAACAGAAAAGUUUUUCACCAAAAGUUUCAUUCGAUUGCAAUCUGAAGUUCAAGGCUAAUAAAGAGGUUUUAAAAAGAGGACAUCAGCCCUUUGUUUUUAUUGUGAAAAACAUAUUCAAAAUCCCGGGUCAUGGGUUAGUAGUUGUUCUACAAAAAACAACGUAAAUUAAUAUAAAUGAUAAACAAUAUUGAGCCAGUAAUGAACUUUGCGAAAUAUCUUAUGUGAUUUAUUGCUCUCAGUUCUGAAGUAUACUUCUGCUUUGAGACAUGAUUGAUUAGCAUCAAAACAAUCACCUAAUCGACUGAUCAAGUAAUCAGUUGAAUGUUUUUCAUAAUCUUGCUUUUCAAUCAGUUUUACACCUUUCUAUAAAAACAAAAAAUGUUUACAAUGUUUAGAAGAAAAGGUUUUUUUCAUUGCAACCCCCAAAAAUCUUAAAAAGUAGAUAUUUUACUUGCUUCCAUUAAGAUAUGUUUCACCACUUGUUGACCGCUACCAACCUGAAAAAUCUAUUAUUGUUGGUUUUUUUUCGAACAAGAUGGUUGUAUCAAUUGUCAACUGUGUGCCAAAGCUAUUUUCCGGGUUUUUUGGCCGUGGUCCGCAGGUUUUUAUGUCUGACAUUUCGUCUACUACUGCGGUAGACAUUAUCAAAGGCGAGGUAACGGUCGUAAUGCUCG